AUGGCAGAACCUACCACUGAGCGGCCAAUUCACCAGCCAAUUCACCCCGACAUUCGGGACAGACUCGACCCCGAAUAUGCUGCGUACCAUACUGCCAACAACUUGCAUGUGAUCCCGCUUCAUCUCCUUCCCUGGGAUCCUGCCGUCCGUCUGAAUCCUCCUGUGGCCGGCGGGUCCGAGCCCUUGAAAGUUGGGGACGUACAGGACCUCUCCCUCAGCAAAUGUGCUGUCCGCGUCUUCACACCAGAGGGCAGUGCGCCUCAAGACGGAUGGCCCGUGUAUCUAUUUUUCCAUGGAGGCGAGCCUACCUUGCGGGGAUGGACGUUGGGAAAUAUUAACACCGAGAAUGCAUUCAGCACCAAUAUGUGCCAGCGAGCGAACUGCGUCGUCGUCUCGGUCGACUACCGGCUUGCACCCGAAAAUCCGUAUCCCGCUGCAGUGGAGGAUGCUGUCGAAUCUCUUAAAUGGGUCUAUGAGAAAGGCGCUGCGCAGCUGAACGUCAAUGUCAACAAGAUCGCCGUUGGAGGUUCAUCCAGUGGUGCCAACCUGGCCGCGAUCCUCACGCACAAAGCCGCACUCAUGCAGCCGCCUAUCCCGCUAGUCUUUCAGGUCCUCACCGUUCCCGUCACGGACAACACGGCAAGCAUAAGCGACGACCGAUACCCAUCGUGGGCAGAAAACCAGAACACCAUUGGCCUCAUGGUUGGCAGAAUGCUGUGGUUCCGCAACUACUAUCUGCCGAACGAAAAGGAUCGACUAGAGUGGGACAGUUCUCCCAUAUUCGCUCCAGAAGAGACCUUCAAGAAGGCCCCCAAGGCCUGGAUUGCUGUCGGCGAACUGGAUAUUUUGAGGGACGAAGGUGUCGUGUAUGCGGAGAAGCUGAAGCAGGCAGGAAUCGAGGUGGAGCUCAAGAUCUACAAAGGCGCUCCCCAUCCCAUCAUGGCCAUGGAUGGUGCGUUCGCAGCACUUGUAAUAUUAUUGAGUGUAUUGACGUACAGGAACGAAUGGGUGCGCACGCGUCGUCUAGGCGUCUUGCAGAUUGGUAGACAACUUGUUUCGGAUGCGGCGUUGGCACUGCGCAAGGCAUUUGAGACCCAAUAA